AUGACCUCGCCGAAGGGAGCCGCCACCCUGUCUGCGACAAGUCUCUCGACGCAAGAACACAAAGACUCUGGUGGAGCCCCUGCUGAAGGCGAAAGAAUCAACCUCAAUGUCACUGAUUGGAACGAUGAGGCCUUCUUCAAGAUCAAGAGAACCACGAAACUCGACAAAUUAAUGAAGGUUUUUUGCGACCGUCAAGGCAAGGACCCGUUCAAGGUCAGAUUUCUGUUCGACGGGUGGAAGGUCUUGCAAGGCGAUACUCCGGAGAAGCUCGGCAUGAGAGAUGGCGAUAUCAUCGAAGUCAUGAGAGUUUAUGCAUAG